AAAAUGCCUCGGAAGGGUGCUAAAGAAGACGAAGAAUGCUUUGCUGAACCUGCUCCACAAAUUUCCUUCUGCGAAUUAGAAAAAUCUAUGACUGCAUUUUCUGGUGACGAUGCAUACGGCGUGGAUACCUUUAUAAAGGAUUUUGAAGAUAUCGCUAAUCUCAUGCAAUGGACGGGCAUUGAAAAACUGAUCUACGCAAAAAGGCUUUUGAAGGGGACAGCAAAAUUGUUCCUGAGAUCUUUGACUGGUACGACUACAUGGGAACUCUUGAAAACGGGAUUAAAAGAGGAAUUUGGACUACAUCUGAACAGCGCAGCCAUUCACAAGACCAUAUCAAAUAGGAAGAUGAAACCAGGUGAAACCUACCAACAAUAUUUUUUGCAACUCAAAGAACUAGCAGUACUCGGAAAUAUUGAAGAUGACGCCCUAAUGGAAUACAUCAUUGAUGGCAUCCCUGACAAUGAAAUGAAUAAAACUAUACUAUAUGGAGCUUCCAACAUCAAAGAAUUUAGGAAAAAACUUGAUUUAUAUGCUGAAAUAAAGAAGAAAUGUCGAACGUCAAACAAAGCUUAUAAUCAAUCAACAACAUCCAAGCCUACAACAUCUGGAUGGAAGAAACCAUUACCUAAGAAGAGAUGUUUCAACUGCGGAGACCUAGAUCAUGAAUCUUCAGGCUGCUCUAAAGAAAAAAGACUUACCUCCAAGAGUAGCACGCUGGGCUCUGUUGCUUGAAGAAUAUAAUUACACUAUUGAACAUAGACCUGGAAUAAGAAUGAAGCAUGCUGACGCUCUCAGUAGACAACCUGUAGAAAACAUCUUUAUACUUACCGACACAACCGCCCGCCUCCGUAGAGCACAAGAUGAUGACCUAAAAAUAAAACUGAUUAAAAAGGUCUUAGAAAAAGAACAUUAUGAUGACUUUAUGAUUGAAGCUGGAAUAUUAUGGAAAAUAAAAGAUGGAAAAAAAUUAAUGGUGGUACCUAAGAAAAUGCAAAAUGAAAUUAUUAGAAAAAAUCAUGACAAGGGACAUUUUGGAUUAAUUAAAACAGAAGAGUUGAUUUCCAGAAACUAUUACUUUGAAAACAUGAAAGAUAAGAUCAAAUCAGUAUUAGAAAACUGCAUAGAGUGUAUUUUAAUUUCACAUAAAAAGGGAAAAUCCGAAGGUUUUCUGCAUGCCAUAGACAAAGGAGACAUACCACUAUCUACUUACCAUAUUGACCAUUUGGGACCGUUGACAUCAACAAUUAAGAAUUACAAGUAUAUACUCACAGUUGUAGAUGGAUUCACAAAAUUUACAUGGAUUUACCCAACAAAGACUUUGUCCACUGAUGAAGUUAUUGACAAACUGAAGAUUCAACAACAGACUUUUGGUUCACCACAGAGGAUUAUUAGUGACAGAAGUACCUCCUUUACAUCCAACACUUUUAAAGAAUUUUGUGAAACUGAAGGAAUCUUACAUCACAUUAUUACUACUGGCCAACCUAGAGGUAAUGGUCAGGUUGAGAGAGUCCAUCAGAUAAUAAUUGAUGCUCUAAGUAAAUUAUCAGCAGAUGAUCCCACCAAGUGGUACAAACACAUCAGUAAUAUCCAGAGAUGCUUAAAUGGUUCAUUUCAAAGAAGCAUUAAGAUGUCACCCUUUGAAUUACUGACAGGAGUCAAAAUUAAUAAUAAAAAUGAAGCUAUCUACAAUUUAAUUAAUGAAGAGAAUCUUAAAUUUUUCUGUGAUGAAAGAGAAGACUUGAGGAAGAAAGCAAGGGAGAACAUACAAAAAAUUCAAGAUGAGAAUAGAAGAAAUUUUAACCGAAGACGAAGGAAACCCAGAGAAUAUGAAGUAGGGAAUCUUGUUGCUAUCAAGAGGACACAAUUUGUGCAAGGCUACAAACUGCAUCCAAGAUACUUAGGACCUUAUGAAGUCGUGAAAAAGAAGAGGAACGACCGUUAUGAUCUCCAGAGGAUUGGUCAAGGUGAAGGACCCCAUCACACCAGUAGCUCCGCGGAUAUGAUGAAACCUUGGGUCGCUGAUGCUGUCGAGUAUGAGUCAUCUGGGACAGACGACUGAGCAGGACGGCCGUGUGGGAAUAUUUAGGUGUAACCAUUGGCCACACCGACCUGACAGAUGACAGAUGGUGCAUGAAGUAUAAGUGACAGAUUGAUUAAGACGAAAUAAGAAAAGACGUAUAUUUUUGUGAACUGAUGAUUAAAUAAAAUUUAACAAAUUCGCUAAUUUCAUUGUGCACCGCGAUCCCACAUAUAUAUAUUUAUAAAGCUGAAGAGUUUGUUUGUUUGAACGCGCUAAUCUCAGGAACUACCUACUGGUUCGAUUUGAACAAUUCUUUCAGUGUUAGAUAGCUCAUUUAUCGAGGAAGGCUAUAUAACAUCACGCUAGAACCAAUACAAGCGGAGCACCAAUAAAGAAUGUUUCAAAAUCGUGGAUUUUUUUCCCUUUUGAGAGCUUCCGGUGCGUGCGCUGCAGAAACUGUUAAAGUGAAAGUCAUCGGCAUGGCAUCAGCUGGCAUCAUUUAGACAAGGCAACUGUACAAACAAAAACACGUGGAAUUCUACACAAAUAAAAAGGGGUUGCAACCAAAUAAUUUUCUAUUCAUUUCGAAAAACUCAAUGUUAGUUCAUAACUUAAAAUGAACAUCGCUAGGAGUAUAAUAUUUUCUGUUUAUGUCAUCCUUCUAGUGGGUCUUUCUCCAACGAGCGGAUGUAAGCUUCCAAUGCACAAAACUAAAUGGUUCUAUCCGGGUGUCAAGGGCAAAGGGAUCCUGAGCUGUUUUGAUUAUUUCGCAAAUGGAAUAAACAGAAAAUGCGGUAAUUCUUAUAACAUAUUCACGGAUAUCGCGAAAUUGAAUUAUUUCGCAAAUGGAAUAAACAGAAAAUGCGGUAAUUCUUAUAACAUAUUCACGGAUAUCGCGAAAUUGAACGGUCGAGGCAACCACGAUCAAGGAAUAAAAGUCAUAAUCGACGUUUCCAAAGGGGGUGGACAUAUUUUAGAUUACUGGAUUUCGGGACUGGGAUCUACAUUCGCAGAUAUGGUUAUAUCGGCGCACAGAAUCGUCAUAUGCGCAUUUGGAAGGAAACAUAGAAGAAGUUUCUUUUUUGCAGACAAAGGAAUCUGCCGGAGUGACUUCGGGAAGCAUUACGGUUGGCGAAGCUAUGAUAAUGGCUAUGAUGAUAUAGCUAAUGUUAUAAGCUAUUAUCGCCUCAAUAAUGCGCAAACUGACAUUGAGAAUAUUUUCAAGAAGCACACCAAAGGCAAAGGGAUUAAAGCGUUGACAGGGAGUCACCGGUUAAUCGCUCAAGCAAUAUGGGAUUUAUCGAAACUAUUCAGUCGUGCAAACAAUGAGUGGUGCCAUGAUGACGUAUAUUACGUUUUCAAAAGAGUCUUAACUGUAUUAGGAGCUCUGGCAAAUGGUUAUAGAACUGGACUUGGAAACGAUGUUGUUGAUGGGCUGAUCGAGUAUUGCGGGGAAGCCGUCAAACAAUACGGGCAAAAGGAUCUAUCCCACUGUGGUUCAGAUAUAAAAGUGAAGCUGGAGGACUGCAACAGAACCGAUUUUAACGGUGCCAUUAGCAGCGGUCAGGACGACGAUAGCGGUGACGAUAGUAACGAUAAUGCUAAUGAUGAUAACGGAAAUAACGACGAAUAUAACAGGGACGAAAAUAGCAGUGGCAGCACUAAGAGAAAAAGUAGUAGCAGUGACGAAAAUAGCAGUGGCAGUAAUAAAAAUAGCAGUGCCAACACUAAUAAAAAAAGCAUUAGCAGUGACGAAAACAGCAGUGGCAGCACUAAGAGAAAAAGUAGUAGCAGUGACGAAAAUAGCAGUAGCGGUGACGAAAAUAGCAGUAGCAGUGACGACAAUAGCAGUGGCAGUAAUGAAAAUAGCAGUGGCAACACUAAUAAAAGAAGCAGUAGCAGUGACAAAAAUAGUAGUAGCAAUAAUGAAAAUAGCAGUGGCAAUAGUAGCAAAAAAAGCAAUAGCAGUAGCGAAAAUAGCAGUAACCACAGUAGCAAAAAAAGCAAUAGCAAUGACGAAAAUAGCAGUAGUAGUAACGAAAAUAGCAGUGGCAACACUAGCCGAACGAGCAGCAGUAGCGCGAAGAAACAUAGAAAACAUAGCAGUGAAAAUAAUGAUAGCAAUACGGACACCAAUAAUAACACGAACAAUAAUGAUUCAAAUCAAUCAAAUCGAUCAAGUAACUCCAACAAUAAUCGAAAUAAUCAAGAGACUAAUAUCGUUAUCAACAAUAAUUAUGUUGUUUAUAAUAAAGAAGAGGUCAACGAAGUUUCGGAAGCAGACAACGCCUCGACUGAUACAACCGAAAAAACGGGCUUUAAAAAAACAAUCAUGUUCCGUACUCAUUCGGAUCUUGUGCGAACGCCACCUGUGCAAAAGGCGAGCUGCGAUUCCGAAGUUUUCAAAUGCGAUCUGUGUAAAGCGUGCUGGCUAUCCGAAACAGAAGCUGACUUGCACAGAAAGAUCGCACAUUUCCCUGAAUUAAUUUCAAAAUCGAAAUGCGAAACGAAUCAUAUGUGCUUGAUCUGCAUGCGACCUCAAGAAAGUAAGGACAGUCUGUUGAAACACACGAAAACUGAUCAUCUAUUAUCCUCACCGACUGCAAGGAAAGUCGAGCGCGAAAUAUUUGUAUGCGACCAUUGUAACGGAGUAUUCUUCAACAAAUUCAUGUUGACUGCUCAUUUCUAUUUCAAACACAUUAAAGAUCAAACUAGAGGCAUACAAUGUGUAAUAUGCAACCGAUAUAUGCAUUACAAGAACACAUGGUUCCAUUUGAAUAAUGUGCACAUGGUGAACACGAAAACGGCAUGCCAAAUAUGUUUAAACCAAUUUCAGACGACAGCAAAAUUGAACGAGCACUUAAAGUCACAUAAGCCGUACCUGAACUGCACUAUAUGCGGAUACACGGCAAGCAGGGACUCAUAUUUCACAGAACACCUAGAGAAACAUAGGAAAUCAAAUGUUACAUCAGUUAAGAAUCACAAGCAGUACUUCACUAGAAUGAAGAAAUAUCAUAACUACAGUCUCUAUAGUGGUAUCAAGGGAUUAUUUUUAUACAAUGUUCAUAUAUGCUUGCUGUGUCGCGAGAUAUGUUCUAGCGAUGAUGAAAUGAAAUCGCAUAUAUGCACCGAGCAUAUGCAAACAAAUGUGGUGAAAAAGAAACCCGUUUGUGCGUGCGGAAAGGAUUUCUUCAAUAAUGUUCUAUUAAAACAUCAUGUGUUUAAGUUAAAAGGGAUGCAUCGGGCUUUAAAUGACAAUGAGGUCCCCGAGGCACAGAUUAGUGACAAUGAGAAUUCCGAGGUAGAUAUUAGUGAUAAAGAGAUUCCCGAGACACAGAUUAGUGAUAUUGAGAAUACUUAUAUACAGAUUAAUGAUGACAAAGAAAUAAAUACAAAUAUAGAAAUGGAAGGAAAUCUCACUAAAGAAUGUCAAGAAUAUCUUUCCAUUCAAAAUUCAGAAGUCAUAGAUGUGUACGCAGUACAAGAGGAAUAUGAAAUAGAAUAGUACAAGUUGUAAAUCCUGGAUUUACUCCGGGACUGUUUCAUACAUAAUAUAUGGAUAUGUAUAUGGAAAAUAUUUCAAAAAAAGCGCCACCUCUCGGUGAUAUAUUAUGUAAUAUAAAAAAACCAUUAAAAAUAUUAAUUUUAAUAUUAAUUUUAUUAAGUUAAUUAUGUACUCGCUCCGUGCUAUUAGUGAAUUUAUACAUAAAAAAAUGUUUUAUGAA